UCUUCUAACAUUAUUUUUGAAACUUGUUUCUCUCUAGUUUUUUUUUUUUCUCAAAGCGAGAUCCAAGUUUAUUUCAAGAGUUACCAACAUAAACAAUGGCAACAAAUAAAUUUUUAUCUAUUUUGUUGCUUUCGUUGAUGGCGUUUGCUGCUAUUCUGCUGCCAAUGAUUUCAGGACAAAUCAUAACAUGUUUACCGGGCGAAUGUACAAACCCAUCGGAAUGCAAUGCAGCUUGCAAAUCAAAUGGAUACAAAGGAGGGGCUUGUGUAAGCAUGAGCAUAGGCUCAACAACCGGUGCUUGUUGCUGUAAACCUAAUUUCAAAUCUCAAGAUUCUUUCAAAUCUAAUGAUAUCAUUAUUAAUAAUAAUUAGUACAUCAUUAGAUAUAUGUAUUUUGAUAUG